GGCCAGGGACGACCUAGACCAAAGAUAAACGCAGGGCGCUUCAGCGACACAAUUCUCAACCUUUGUUUGGUCGCCUCACGCGAUUGUGCGAAGAGGAUCCAAAGGUGCAGUCUCGAUCCCGUAACUAUGUAACGCACUGAAGCUGGGAGACCACUCCGAGGGAUACGGGCGGCUGUUCACUGGCCGCUUCCGGACGCGCUCCUGCGAAAGUCCAACCGCUCCCCAGUCUGAGUUACGGCUUUCGACACAGCGAACAGAAAUGGCUUCCAAAAAAGGACCCAAGUCCUCAAGACAGCAGAGGAAAGACUCGAAACCCGACGAGGCGGAGGCUCAGAAGGAAGGCACUGUAUCCUGGAGACUGCCCUCCCUGGCGGACAUGCUGCCGUCUCUAAUGUGCUGGCCAACCUGGCCCUCCGUGUCGGCAAUCGCGUGGACCAGUGACCCGACCGACUCCCGUCCGGUCAUCAAAGUGAGGGACGGUUUCCUCCGAGGAAAAACCCACAGCACCGAGCUGGGCACGACGUACUCGGCCUUCCGCGGAAUCCCUUACGCCAAGCCGCCCGUGGGGAAACUGAGGUUCAAGGCACCGGAACCAGCCCAACCAUGGACAGGUGUUAGAGAUGCGAGCCGCGAGGGGAACAUCUGCACUCAACCUUUCGUCAAUUUUAAGUUUCAGCCAGCGUCAUGGGCUCUGAAGGACAUCAAGGCGUUCAUGGCAACGAUCCCAACGCUCGUUCGUAGAGUUGGCAAGAUUCUCCGCCAAAGCGAAGACUGCCUCUUCCUCAACGUUUACACGCCAGCGUUGCCGCACGGUGAAGAGUCCGAGUCGCUGCUCCCUGUCAUGUUCUUCAUCCACGGCGGGGCCUGCCUCGUCGGCGACGGUGACAGCGACAUUUUUGGCCCGGACUACUUCCUGGACAAGGGCAUCGUCGUCGUCACCUUCAACUAUCGCCUUGGACCGUUCGGCUUCUUGGGCGUCGGCACGGAGGCGGCGCCCGGCAACGCGGGGCUCAAGGACCAGGUCCUGGCGCUGCGCUGGGUGCGCGACAAUGUGGCGGCGUUCGGCGGCGACCCCAACCGCGUCACCAUCUUCGGGGAGAGCGCCGGCGGCGUCUCGGUGCACCUGCACACGCUGUCCCCUCAGUCGCGAGGUCUCUUCCACGCCGCCAUCGCCAGUUCUGGUUCAGCUCUGCACGGCUGGGCCAUGCAGGCCGACCCCCUGGCGAAGGCCCGCGAGCUGGGCCAUCAUCUGGGUAUCGAGGAGUCGGACCCCGACGACCUGGCGGCCGCGCUCUCGACGAUCAGCGCCGGUCGCCUCCUGAAAGCCAUCUACAAGCUCAAGCACCCGGCGCGGUUCUUGUGCCACGAGCUCAUGAUCCUGCCCGUGGUGGAGCCGCCCAGCCCGGACGCCUUCCUCAGCGAAGACCCAAGGGAGAUUUUGAAGCGGGGUGACCAGGCCUCCGUUCCCAUCAUGUUCAGCGUCAACAAUCGCGAAGGCUUGCUAUGGCUCGUUGCCAACCCGACGGCCGGGCGCUUUGCCCCAGAGACGGAGAGAGAGAUGGCGCUGUUGGAACGUCGGCGUGCCAACCUGUGCUUCCUGCCCGAGGCGCUGUACGACGGGCUGGACCCCGAGCAGCGCGUCCAGUGCCACGACGAAAUAAUGCAGCACUACUUUGAUGGCAAAACCUUGAAACUUGACAUGCUGCCUCAGUUUCUAAACGCAUUUGCCGACGUAGCUUUCCUCAACCCCUUGUACGAGGUGACGAAACUUCACGCUAUCAACGAGAAAGCUCCCGUCUACGUGUGUCACCUGAACUACGAUGGCGGACUUCACUUCUUCAGGAGGCUCUUGCAGCACAAACAUCCAGGAAUGGGCCACGGCGAUGAGCUGGGCUACUUGUUCCGAAUUCACCUCCUACCGGAGACUACGCUUUCAAGCGCUGACAUGCUCUAUCGACAGAGGAUGCUCAAUCUUUGGGUAUGCUUCAUAAAAUCCAC